AUGUCGCUCCUGCUGCGCUUCAAAGUCUUGAUCAGGUGUGGGAUCACUUAUUCCGCUCUCAUCACCGGCGACCCACGGAGGCUGUACCAUAGUUUCGAUUACGGCGGCCAUCUCUGCGGCGUCGACCCAGGUGUAGAAGACAAGGGGCUCCUCUACUGGCCCCGUCCGAAAGAUCCCGAAUACGCGAUCUGCAUCGGGCAGUGCCCAGACAAUCGUCAGGACACGGUGACUGCCCUGGAAGAGGAAGCUGCUGUCAGCCAUGGUGCAAGCGGGGUUGAAACCGCGACCAUCACUUCCAAGCAAGUUCGAAUUCCAACAUACCCUUCCAGGGAAAUCGGCGGCCGCUUCUGCUUGCCGCUCCCGUUGGCCGAGACUCUGGAUGGCAACGAUGGUGAUGGCGCCACCAGGCUGCCGAGCGCUGCCGGGUCGACGGCUUUGCAGUGGCCACGGCUUCCUGCAGAUACUUUGCCCUUUCCAACAACCAGCUCGGCUGCCCCAGCGCCAGCGACGACCAGUCAUCCCUUGGUGCCACCCGGCAAACCUUUCCACCAGCCCUCGUGGGGUUACCCCACAGCACCCCCUGAGCAGCCCCGCACGGCCCGACCACGAAUUGCUGACUUCCCCGGGCUCCUGCCACCAAGGGUGCAGUGGCCUCGCCCCAGCCGGCCCAACCCCGGAGAGCAUGGUCCUGAAGUCCCGGAGAUCCAGACCUCAACUCAUCUGCCGACGAAACCCGGCAAGACUGCACCCGUCAAGGCUGCUGGACUGGAGACUGGGGCUGGAAAUGUCACGAAGCCCCACAAGCACCGGCACAAAAAGGCUAAGGAAGACGAAGACAAGGACGAAGACAAGGACGAGGACAAGGACGAGGACCCCGAUCCAAGAAAGGACGAGGGCCAGCGGCCGGAAGGGGACAAGGGUGAGAUUGGGCACAAGAUGGAUGACGCGCCGGCCACAACAGAACCCGCCUCAACGGAGGACAGGGAAAGUCACACGGACACCGUGACUCACCAGCCGGCUGCGACAAAGCUCAAAAGCGGUAAGGUGGAGCAUGAGUUGAAGAAGCCCGUGCCCAAGACCGUGCGGCAAAACAGCACGGAAAUCAAAACGGAUGCCGCCGAAAAAGCGGAGAACGUUUCUUCGCACCACCACGAGCCAGGCAGAAGGACUCACUUUCAUUCUGCGACGGCAUGUGAGAACCUUGUGUGUGAAAUUGCUUUAUGCUGA